AUGCUCUUAUACGCUCCCCAAGCCACUCGUCUCCUCCUGAACAGCACGGAGGUCAGCUCGUUCAUCAUGUUCAAUUACACCCAGAUAAAGAUAAAUGUAGCUGGUGCAUUCGGAUAUGUUCGUUCUGUUGAGCGUGAAUGGAGCAUCCGAAACCCAUCCGUUGCGCAUGAAAAUCGUCUUUUGCAGAUUCAGCUGAAAACAGAUGCAUCCACAUGUUUCAUCGAAUUAGGUCAGCAUUCGUUCCGCUGGCUGAUGCUAGGUGUUAUCAGUACGAUGUCAUCAGCAAAGCGCAAAUGGUGUGCUGUCGACCAUCAACCUUCACUCCCAUGUCGUCCUAUUCAAACUUUCGCAUUGCGUUCUCGAUGGUGGUUGUGA